GUUGAACAUGACAUACAUAUUACCUUUCAUUCCUGACCAUAUUCAUGACAACGGUCUGGUAAUGUCAUGUCUGAAGACAUGCGUGGAAGCUCCUGGAGGUCGCUUGCUGCAUCGGCAGCAUCUUCGCGGCUGACUUCGUUCAAGGGAUAUCUGGCUCAAAAAGACUUCACAAACUCUCUACCCAGCUCGAUAAAACGCCAACUCGGACCUGUAGAUGGGAGCGAGAGAGUAGGGAAUAAACAGUCAUGGCGGGAAUGGGCGGGUCAGAAGAUCAGCAGAGGGAAUAACGGAAAAGAGGAAAUAGCAAUGUUUCCAGGGUGGGCAACGAGGAAGCCUCUUUCUGCAACCGAUGGGUCGUUUGCGUUUGAGGUCGACAUAUUUAUAUCUGGAUUUGCAUCGGCUCAUCGUGGACAAGAACUUGCCAGUCGUUCACAACGGACUUUUAUGAGGCUUGCUAAAGGAUUCGCUGCUCUACCCAAGCUCGGUGAGGACGAUUCAAAGGUUGGGGAAGAUCUCGGUCUAGUGUCAACACGGUUGACUCCCUCUACUGAGGAGCUACUUCGAACAGUGAAUCUUCCUCCUAGGCCAGAAGAAAUGACAAUGGAGCGCGAGAUUGAGAUGCUUGAACGCCAGUUCAAGCGUCUGAACUCUCCGAAACAAAAUUUGAUGGACAGUGAUGAAUCCAGCUCCUCGCGCUCUUCCUCUCCUGAACUUGAUUCACCCCCGCCGAUUGACCGUGAAGCUGAGAAAGUCGUAACCAAACAAAGCACUCCUACAGCCGCAGUCUCAAUUCCCGAAGAACUUGUACGCAAACUACAUGCAAAUUUAGAGGCCCGUCUUCUGCCAUUCUGGUCGUCAGUCCUGCCAGGACGAAUGGUACGGAUCAGAGUAUUCGCCAAAGCUACAUCUCAUGAUUCCGAAUCCUCGAGUGAUCACCAACAUUUGGCAACUACAACUGUUCAAACAGGCGUCGAUGGCAGUUUUCAAACGCUGUUUCGGAUAGGCUGGGAGGACAUGUGUCAGCACCCUGCUGCGCUCGACAUAGCGUUUGGAGACCCUUCACACGAACAUGAGUUAUCUGUCACCGCAGAACUAUUCCCAAACCAAAAAUCUAGUUCAUCUGCCGCCUCCUCUUCAACCGAUCUCACUUCAACCAGAUCCGUCUCGCCCCUCCCACCUACUGCCGCCACAAGCGCUCAUGUUCCUCUUACCCAUUCACCUAUCCGCGUCAUUUCAGAUAUCGAUGACACAGUUAAACACUCCGACAUCAUUGGAGGUGCUCGUUCUGUGUUCCGAAACGUAUUCGUCAACGAGUUGGAAGAUCUGGUUAUACCAGGAAUGGGAGAAUGGUAUAGUGAAAUGUGGAAAAAAGGCGUUCGGUUCCACUAUGUGUCUAAUGGCCCGUUUGAGCUGCUUCCGAUACUCGGAGACUUUUUCGCAAUCGCAAAUCUGCCCCCAGGUUCCAUAAAGCUCAAGUCAUAUGCUGGACGAUCCUUGUUUAGUGGUCUUUUGUCUGCCCCUGCAGCAAGGAAGCGCGCUGGAGUUCAAGAUAUUCUUAACGCGUUUCCCGACUCUUCUUUCAUUCUUGUGGGCGAUUCCGGCGAACAGGAUCUAGAACUAUACACAGAACUCGCAAAAGAAAACCCGCGACAGAUUUUGGCUGUCUUCAUCCGUGAUACUGGCUCUGGGGACAUCCUUGAAGAUCCGACAGGCCUCCGAGUAUUGACGGCAACACCUGAGAUUAGCCUCCAGAGUCAAGAGGAGAGUUCUACGGUAGAUCAAGAAACUUGGAACUUCCAACAUUAUGUUAACGGAGAUAGACGUCCUGCACCUCUCGACACGUCCAAAACUCCUCAUAAAUCAUCCUCAUGGCCCGUAACGAACGAAACACCUACAACCCCCGGAUCCAUUUCCAACAACAGGAAUAGCAAUUACUUUAAGUUCACAUCUGAACCUGAGCCUUUAUAUGAUAGUUCUCGCAACUCUUCUUUAACCUCUCUUUCGUCCAUUUUCACCAGAAAGACACCUGCAACACGGCGGGAAUCUGUGUCGUCCAAUGCCUCUUCAUACUUUAGCCGAACACCCAAGUCGGCGGCUGCUAAUACGAGUACAUCAAGUCGCAUAUCCGAGUCUGAGAAGAGGAGGCAAGAUUUACAGAUGAGGGUUUAUAGAUCCAGAACAGUUUUACCCGAUCAUGUCGUGUUGAGGGUGUUUAGAUCUCCCACGGAGUGUGUCGAGGCUGAUAUGAUUCUGGCUAGUAGCUGA